AUGGCAUCCUCACGACACUGCGACUCCCUCGCCCUGCUAACCCGCCUGCACGAAGCAACCUCCAAACCGAAGAACUCCUACCCGCCCAUCUCGAGCAUCCCACGCACAUCCCCCUCCCGCCUCGCCGCCGCCUCCUCCGAAUCUGCCUCCGAGGCGACGUCCGUCCUCUACCUCGCCUACGGCUCCAACCUCUCCGCCGAAACAUUCCUCGGCGCACGCGGCAUCCGGCCCCUCUCCCAAACAAACGUCUCCGCCCCCGCGCUCUCCCUCAUCUUCGACCUGCCAGGCCUGCCGUACCGCGAGCCGUGCUUCGCCAACACCACACCCCGAAAGGUCCCGCAGCUCCCGGACCCGUCUGACCCGCCGAAACUGCCGCCCGUCCCGCCGCUGCCGCAACCACCACACUCAACCGCGGAUGUGGAGAAGGGAGCACCCAGGAAGACGCCCCCGGAUCUGGGCUGGUCCAAGGGCCUCUACGGCGUCGUCUACGAAGUCACGCCGCAAGACUACGCCACCAUCGUAGCCACCGAGGGCGGCGGGUCGUCCUACCUCGACAUCCUGACGCCCUGCAUCCCCCUCCCGCCGCGCGUGUCUGUGCCCGAGAAGCCGCCGAUUGACAUCCCGAAGCCGUUCUUCGCGCACACGCUCUACUCCCCCGCGAUCCCCGACGACGAUAAGAACCCAAAAGACGGCGACGAUGGUGAUAAGCCCUCCGACCCGCGCAAAAAAUGGUACUACCACCUCAUAACCCCCCCGCGCCGCCCGGACCCGACCUACGCACAGCCCUCCGCGCGGUACCUCAAGCUCAUCACCGACGGCGCCGCCGAGCACGAGCUGCCGGACGACUACCAGGCCUGGCUUGCUUCGCUGCAGCCGUACACGGUGACGAGCUGCCGGCAGCAGCUGGCGCAGUGGCUGCUGACUGGCAUCUUCUUCCCGGUGAUGCUGCUCUUCUUCCAGCUGAACAAGUGGAUCGCGAAUAAGGAGGGGAAAGUGCCGCUGUGGCUGGGGGUGAGUCUGAGUGUGGUGUUUAAUAUGUUGUGGAUGGGGUAUGAUGCGGUGCUGAAGCGUGUGUUUGGGGAUGGGGAGAGGACGGAGGAGGAGGACAAGAGGUGGAGGCGGGCGCCGGCUAGCGAUGUGGAGAAAAUGAAUUUGUUGAUGCGGGAUUGGUAA